AGAAAGCCUGCAAGACGUGGUCUCCCACCUCAUAUGCACAAGGAAAGAAUUAUAUAUGGUGAUGGCUCCUGCAUACACAAUGGAUCAGAGAAUGCAACUGCUGAAACAGAAAUAUGGGAAGAUAGUGAGAAUGGAAUACAAGAAUCAAAAAGGAUAACAGGAAACCCUCUAGGAAUACAAAGAGAAGAAUUAGGAGGAGCAAUUUUAGCAAUGCUAAGAGUACCAAAAAACAAUGAACUAACAUAUAUGACAGAC